AUCAAAGCCACCUCUGUGUUCACUCAUUUACCCCAUGGUGGCAGCUUACAAUGCAAAUGAAUCACAGAUGACUGGAGCUCACCUGCUGAGCCUACACUCCUUUGUUACUCCUUAUGUGGGUUUUUCAUGUGAUAACUGUGAAGUUCCCAGCCUCACCACUAUGGCCCUUCAAAGGUGUGUGAAAGGUGUAUUAUGCAGGUGCAUGAACCCUGCAAAACAAGAGCUCAGACAUGCAAUACAAUCACGAGAAAAACAAGAAAGUAUUGUUCAAGCACCAAAACAUAGUAUAAUAGACCUCACCACAACACAGGGGAGCACAAAUGGGGUGAUAUCCCUACACUACAAAACUCUUAUGGAAAUGCAACAUAAAAAUAGGCCAAUAGGAUUGUAUGGAAAAUGGAGGUCUGAUAUUGGAGAUCUGACUGAGGAUUUAUGGGAUGAAGUAAUGGAGAACUUUCAAACAAUAGCGACCUGCAACCAAAAAGUGUUACAUCUCCACAUCAUAGAUCCCAGCCUAGUACCUACAACAAGGAAAGUUCCACCUUCAGGGGAGAAUAAUCCGAUAAAGAUCUGGAAAGCGUGCACUUUUCUUCUGGACUUCGGUGGAGAAGUCCGGAUAAAGCGACAUUUGGACACCAUUAAUGGAUAA